CUGUGCAACGCAUAUCACAAUUAUUGUUGCACAAUGUUCAAUUAUAUUACUUCAAACCGCGGUUUAGUGUAAAAACCAUGCAGUCAAGCAUACGGGUAUUGUUAUCAAUCGCGAAGAUUUUGGGGUGUUUAAAAUUAACAUUUGCGCUGCAAUUAAAUAUACCGAAACCCGAUACGGUCUUGAUAAGUGUGCCGUUCGACCAAUUGAAAAAUAAUAAUUGGAUGGGAGGAAAUUCUGACUACAUGGAAUCGACGUGUGGGACGUUCAAAGCUUAUGAAACCGACACGAUAGAAAAAGUUGUCGGGAGAUGGUAUACCAUUUACAUGUCAAGCAUUCCAUCAACCACGGAUUAUUGUAGUCAAUUUACAAAUGUCCAAAGUCCGUGCAAAUGUUCUGGAAUUGAUUUUACAAUAGAUAUGGAAGAUAAUAUAAUUUCAUUUGUCUUGUUUUCAACGAAUACAAAAGAAAAAUCCGUAACUUAUGAGUUGGCAACAGCUUCAUUCGUCGGAAAGAGCCAGUUAAAAAUGGACAAAAUAAUACUGCGAAGUUUCGUGAUACAAUCCAACGCUAAAAUAAACGGAAUAGCAGGUUUUAUAGUUCCGCAGGGUGUUAUUGUUGAUUCUGAUGAUUUCAAAUCGUAUAUAAUCAUGGUGUUCUGCAAAGAAAGGGCGAAAAAACCUAUUGUUAUGGUUCUCGUAAAUGCGCUUCCUGUAUCUGAAAAAGUCACGGACAUAGCAUUAAAAUUUUUAAAUGAUAAUAAUUUCGAAACAAAGUUAUUUAAAGUCCAUCACAAUAAUUGUAAAUAUGGUCAAAAUAUUGUUGGGUUCUAGCCAUUAUUAAAAACCAUAUGGUAAAAGUGUAUUUUUUAAUUAUUGACAU